AUGGAUACAUCAAUUUUUGAAGAAGCAUCGUACGACAUUGCAUAUGACGUGAGUGAGCAUUCUAAUUUCACCGACGUUAAUAUUCCGUCUUUGAGUGAAGAUGACACACCACUUGUGGAACAGGGGAAAGAAUCUGAAGACGUUAUUCAAAAAAAGGAUGAUGCUACGACAAUUAAUAAUGAAUUGACGAAUCACACUGGAAUUCCAAUAGAAAAAAUUUCAUACGUAGGAUUGAGAUUUGAUUCGUUGCAGCAGGCACAAGAGUUCUAUUCUAAUUAUGCAAAUAAAGUUGGGUUUGUAACUAGGAUUAGGAAUACCAACUUUGACAAGACCAGGAAGGAAUUAAAGGUACCUAUUAACCAAUCGAUACACUGCAGUCGUGAAAGUUAUCGGGAGUCUCGAGUGAAGGCAGCAACGCGGGGAAAGAGAAUAACAACAGCCGGAUGCAAAGCAAGGAUGUGCGUGAUGCUUGAUAGGCAGAAGGAUAAUUAG